AUGAAAUUUAAGACUUUUAAAUACCCUCUAAGGAAAUGCAAUGCUUUUAAAGACUUUUCAAGACUUGGAGAUAUUUUCUAUUUUUUAUUACCUUUUAUAUGUUUUUUUUCUCUUCUUGGCAUCACUGAUCUUCCAUAAACUGACCUGUACACAGUUGAUUUACUAAUCCCAAACCAACCUCACUGACCAAAUGAGAACUAAUCAAUAGUUAAGCUCUUCAGACCAUGCACAGCAGGAAUUUAAAGGAGAGGAAAUCCUUUCCCUUCCUGCUCCUGGAGGAAAAAAGAAGGGGGGGUGGAGGGGUGGAGGUAGCCGCUCCCGGGGGAGGGAGGUCCAUGCAUGAGGCCGGACUGCGCCAGUCGGAAAAUGGAGUCAAUGAAUCGGUGACACAGGGGUAUUAAUCGAGUGGGGGGUUAACUAGUGUGUAGGAGGAAACUCCCACUGUAGGCGUUUCUUCUGUGCGAGUGUACAUGGAGACAAUACCGUCAAUGAACUGCGCUUUUCCCACGUUUUCUCACCAGAGGAGAAGCGCUCGUUUGGAGUAACACCGCCGACGUUUUUUUUUUUUGAUGAGCCAAAGCGAAGCCGUUUGAACACGAUAAUAACUGAGCUACACGCUGUACAAGCUGUACAAGUUAAAAAAGUUCGCCUUGUGUUUUUUUUUUAAAUGAGGCCACAGAGAGAAAAGUUGUGUUCAGUGAGAGUCUUUUAAAUCCAGGUGUUGUUCAGCACCGCAGCUACAUCUGGAUUUACGCAAAGCUUUGAUUCUUCUACUCGGAUAUAACAUCUGGAGCAGCAAACACAGCUCAGAUGGAUGGGGCUGCUGCUGCUGGUGCUGCUGCUGCUGCUGCCGCUGCACAGGAGUUGGUGUGUUAGUAUGACAACAAUUCAGAGCUGCCAGCCUGCUGCAGAAUCUGGUGUGUAGGUGAAGUUUAACAGAGCGGGAAGAGGAGGAGGAGGAGGAGGAGAAGUGAGAGAGUUUGUUCCCAGGUCUGGAAGUCUCAGUAAGUUGAUGUAUUAGACAUCGAGGACAACAUGUCUUCCCCCCGCCGCUUCCUGCUGCUGCUGCUGCUGUUCUGGAUCCUGCUGGUUCAGUUUCCUCAGGCUCAGUCCAGACCGGCCACUGAGGACACAGACACUGACACAGCCGACGCGCUUAAAUCCUCUGAAGACGAAGAGGAUGAUGAGUCAUCCUCAGAGGAAAAUAAACUCUCCAACGAACUGUCAACAAGCAACGAAAAGCUCCAACCGUUGGCGCCUCAGUGGGUAGCGCCAGAGAAGAUGGAGAAGGAGCUCCACGCCGUUCCUGCCAGCAAGACUGUAAAGUUUCGGUGCCAAGCGACAGGAAACCCUGUUCCCUCCCUGCGCUGGUACAAGAACGGCAAAGAGUUCAGGAAAGACCAGAGAAUCGGAGGAUUCAAGAUCAGAGACCACAUGUGGACUCUCAUCAUGGAGUCGGUGGUUCCGUCUGAUAAAGGAAACUACACCUGUGUGGUGGAGAACGAAUACGGGAGCCUGAAACACACCUACCUGCUGGACGUCGUAGAGCGUUCUCCUCACAGACCCAUCCUGCAGGCGGGUCUGCCGGCCAAUCAAACGGCAGCCGUCGGCAGUAACGUGGAGUUUGUGUGUCGGGUGUUCAGCGACCCGCAGCCUCACAUCCAGUGGCUCAAACACAUCACGGUCAACGGCAGCAGAGAAGGACCGGACGGACUCCCGUACGUCCUCGUCCUCAAGACUGCAGGUUUGAACACGACGGAUAAAGAAAUGGAGGUUUUGACUCUGAGGAACGUGACGGUUGAUGAUUCGGGGGAGUACACCUGUCUGGCGGGAAACUCUAUCGGCGUGUCGUAUCACUCCGCCUGGCUCACCGUGGUCAACGACAUGCCUCCCGCCCCGCUGCCCUCGCAGACAUACCUGGAGAUCUUCAUCUACUGCUUGGGAUCUUUCAUCAUCGUCAUCCUCACCGCCACCGCCGUCGUCUGCAGACUCUGCUGCGCCCCGAAGAAGAGCGACUUCCACAGCCAGUUAGCGGUCCAGAAACUAGCUAAAAGCAUUCCUCUGAGGAGACAGGUGUCGGUCGAGUCGUCGUCAUCGCUGCAGUCGGGGAUGUGUUUGAUGCGUCAGUCUCGUCUCUCCAGCGCGGCCACAACCAUCCUGGCAGGAGUGUCGGAGUACGAACUCCCCUACGAUCCUCUCUGGGAGCUGCCGAGAGACAGGCUGACUCUGGGGAAGCCUCUGGGAGAAGGCUGCUUCGGUCAGGUGAUGCUCGCCGAAGCCGUCGGCAUCGACAAGAACAAACCGACACGACUCUCCAAGGUGGCAGUGAAGAUGCUGAAAGCGGACGCCACAGAGAAGGACCUGUCUGACCUGAUCUCUGAAAUGGAAAUGAUGAAGAUGAUCGGUAAACACAAGAACAUCAUCAACCUGCUGGGAGCCUGCACGCAGGACGGUCCUCUGUAUGUGGUGGUGGAAUACGCCUCUCAGGGGAAUCUGAGGGAGUACCUCCGCUCUCGUCGACCGGUCGGGUUGGAGUACUGGAGCGGCCCGAGGCAGGCCGCUCUGGGCAGUUUGGAGAUCAGAGAGCUGGUGUCUGCUGCGUACCAGGUGGCCAGAGGAAUGGCGUACCUGGCGUCGAAGAAGUGUAUUCACAGAGAUCUGGCAGCCAGGAACGUGCUGGUCACAGAAGAUAACGUGAUGAAGAUAGCUGACUUCGGUCUGGCCCGAGACAUCCACCACAUCGAUUACUACAAGAAGACCACUAAUGGUCGCCUGCCAGUGAAGUGGAUGGCGCCCGAAGCUUUAUUCGACCGCAUCUACACGCACCAAAGUGACGUGUGGUCGUUCGGAGUCUUGCUCUGGGAAAUCUUCACCCUCGGCGGGUCUCCGUACCCCGGCGUCCCGGUGGAGGAGCUCUUCAAGCUGCUGAAGGAGGGACACCGCAUGGAGAAACCCUCGGCGUGCACUCAGGAGCUGUACCUGAUGAUGAGAGACUGCUGGCACGCCGUCCCAUCUCGCAGACCAACUUUCCAACAGCUGGUAGAAGAUUUAGACCGCACGCUGUCUCUCAUGGCGAACCAGGAGUACCUGGACCUGGCCGUACCCCUGGUCCAGUAUUCGCCUGUCGGCUCGUCAGUCUCCACAUACUCAACAUAAGCGUCGGGGGACGUAUCUCUUCCUGGAUCACCUUCAUCUCCGUUUCCUCUGCUGCACGGGGCGGCGGCGGCUGCAGCAACGGCAGCAGCAGCAGCGGCGGCGGUCCCAGACGAGGAAGCUCAGAAAAGCUGCUUCGGUGUCGUCUAUCACAGCAGCCUGAUGUGAGGAACAGCUGGACUGAGACUCCCCCCCCACCCCCCCCCCAC